AUAUAAGCAGGCGCCCCCCGUGCCCAACUCCAAAGCAAGCGAGCACGAGUCAAAGACUCGGUACACGUAGCACUGAAAGACUUCUACAUCAACAGCAUUGUUCUUUUGAGUUGGUGGUGAAGAUCAAGGUCGGGUGAGCUUGAUGGAGCAGGUGACGAAGCUGGCGGGGCAGCGGGCGGUGGUGAUUUUCAGCAUGAGCUCCUGCUGCAUGUGCCACACGGUGGCGCGACUCUUCCGGGAUCUCGGGGCGAACCCGGCGGAGGUGGAUCUCGACGAGGACCCUAGGGGGAAGGAGAUGGAGAAGGCGCUGGCGAGGCUUCUCGGUCGGAACCCGGCCGUGCCGGCGGUGUUCAUCGGCGGCAGGCUCGUCGGAUCCACCGACAAGGUCAUGUCCCUUCACCUCAGCGGCAAGCUUGUCCCGCUGCUUCGUAACGCAGGUGCUGUCUGGGUCUAGUGCGCGGGAGAUGGUUUUUUAGGUGCCUGAUGCUAGAGAAUAAUGUAAUACACGUAUGCCUACGUGUUCUGUUUUCUCUAUCAGGUGAUGAUCAAAGAUAAAAAAAGGAAACCAUGCAGGUCGUUUUAUUUUAGCACUGCAGAGGGGGAGUACGAUUCUACUCCCUCUGUUCCGAAUUACUUGUCGCACGUAUGGAUGUAUCUAGAUGCAUUUUAGUUCUAGAUACAUCCAUUUCAACGACGAGUAAUUUGAAACGGAGGGAGUAUGACUUAAGUUGUGACUGGCAUAGUGGCAUGUGGACCAAUUUGAUGGGGGCCCACAUGUCCUCUAUCUUAAAGUCGAGAGAUUUAAGUCUAAGGAUCCCAGUCUGCAUUGGAGAUGCCUUUGUAACAUGCAGGAUUCACUACCUCUAUUUUAAGGGCUAACUAUUUCAACUUUA